AUGUUUUUAAUUCGACGAUUAUUUGUUCAAAAUCAUGUUAAUCCGGCUACUAAACUGUCAACAAACUCAUUAGUAGACAUAUGUAAUGAAUUUAAACAACUGAGAGGUGGUUCAAUUGAGUUAGAAAAAGAUGAUACAUCUGGCAUAGCUCAUAUUUUUAUUAAUCAUCAAGAAAAACGAAAUGCGCUUAGUGGAAAAAUGAUGGUUGAUCUUUAUGAUAUUGUAAACGAUUUGGAACAAUGGUCAAAUGGAAAAGGUGUAUUAUUGCAUUCCUUCGGUAGCGUAUUUUGUUCAGGCGCCGACUUAGAAACUAUUAAAUAUUUACUUAAAUCGGAACAAGGUGGAUUUCAAAUGGCAACGUUAAUGCAUUCAAUAUUGACAAAAUUUCGACAUUUACCAUUAGUAACAGUGGCACUUAUCAAUGGAAGAGCAAUGGGUGGUGGAGCAGAGUUAUGUACUAUGUUUGAUUAUCGUCUAAUGACUCUCAACAGUAGUAUUCAGUUUGUUCAAGGACGUAUGGGUUUAUCACCGGGUUGGAGUGGUGGUUUGAGAUUAAAACAAAUAAUUGGUAGCAAAAAUACUCUAGAUUUGUUAUUGACAAGUAAACAAAUAAAAGCAAAAGAGGCUCUUGAAAUGAAAUUAAUUGAUCAUAUUUUUGAAGAUGAUAAAGAAGUUAUAGAACAAGCUGUUAAUUGGUUAAAAACAAAGAUUAUAUUUGAUGUGAGCGUUGUGAGAACAAUGAAAAAAUUAAUGAUGAAUAUUGAUGAAGAGACAAAACAACUUGAAAAUGAGAAAAAAUUAUUUUUAUCGUUGUGGGGUGGAAAAACAAAUUUAGAAGCAAUUCAAUCAAAUGUAAAACAUCAGUAG